UGUCAACACCCUGUACGUUUGUACACGUUUCCAUUAUCACCUGGUUGUGCGCUAUGUAGGUAACAAAGUACGGAAAAUCCAAAUAACACACAACAAACUGUCGACUGAGUUACACAAGACGCCAGCUCACAUAAUCGUAGUAAACAUUAUAAUCCACUUUGGACGACGCGUGUGAAUCGGGCAGUAUACACCGACGCAUGACGUCUUGCAAAAUGGCUGCCGACGACGACGUCUAAUGAUUCGACCUGGAUUACCAUUUUCCUAAAAUGGAACCAUAUUUUGUGAUAUUUACAAUAUUUUAGUGCAUUUUUUAAGUGAGACAAAAGGAUGAGAAGGACCCCACAGAGUCAGAGCCAGGGUCAACUAGAGAAAAAUGAAGAUGAAGGCAAUUCGUCCUCUCCGUCCCAAAUACUUGAACGAGUCCAAUCUGAUAGAGUGACAGUCACCAAACCAGAAGAAGAUAGAAGAAGACGUACUAUAAUCGUAGAAAAGAAAAAUGGUACUUAUGGCUUCACACUCCAAAGCUACGGCAUUCAUUACAAAAAGGAAAAAGAAAUAGAAAUGAUCACGUACGUCGACUAUGUAGAUUAUGACGGGCCAGCUUAUAGAGCAGGAAUGAGGGAAGGAGAUGUUAUUCUCUCCAUUAAUGGAACAGAUAUGGAGAAAGCUGAUCAUAAAACUCUAGUCAACUACAUAAAAAAAUGUGAUACUAGAAUGAGAAUGGUUGUAUUGUUCGAAGACUGUGUAAGGAAGGUAGAACUUCAUAUGAGAUACAUUCAGCUUCAAAGAAUUCUUCAAAGCAAAAUUGAAGAACUGGACAGGUUGUGCAUAAGAGAACGUCAUUUACUGGAAGGUAAAUGGAAGACUCACAGUCUACCGGCCAGAAAAAAGGCUUCACAGGCUAGCAACGGAGAACCACCAACUCCAACUCAAACUUCUUACUCGUACUGUAGGCCAACAGUAUCUACAGAAGACGUCGCUAAAGUUGCUCAACAACAUAAGCAGGUCACACCGCCUUUGGCUUUUGCUUAUCAGUAUUUAGACUCUCGCUAUAGAUAUAUUCUUCAUCCUUCAACGAACAGCAGCGGCGAAUACCUUCUUACGUUGGAACAACCAAAUUACAAUAAGGAAGCGCACAAUUUUAUUGUAAAAACACCAUGUGAUCAAAAGCAAACUAGAGGAUGUCAAACAAGAACGGAAAAGUCAAAGAAACCCCCAGUGUUAUGCCAACGAUAUGCCGGCCAACUGUGCAACCCCUGUAUUCAAUCGGGAUCUAGUAACGGGGACAACAACAGCUUGGACGCCUACGACUUGGCGAGUCCCUGCUGCGAUCCGCGAUGCGUCCCGUCGAGCAGAAGAAGAUCGCGCAGCCAUAAAGAACAAAGAAGGAGAGAUUCCAAGACUGAGGAGACUCAAACUGAACCACAGCAACUCAGAUCUCGACCACAUUCCCAGUCUUCCCAGACUGUCACCGAACCACAGGCAUUUUCAGUUCCAAAAAGAUAUUUUCAUAUCGGAGCAGGCCUAGUAAGUCAGUGUAGUCUACAUUCAUGUACCUCUAGUGAAGUUAGUAACGUAGUGCCGACAACCACUACCCUAGCUGAAAGUUCCGCUAACAGCUACACGACUUCUCUUAGCACCGAUACCCUUUAUUGGGACGGUUCCUGUGAUACUUCUAGACAAUUAAGUCUCAAAUCUAAUAAACAUGACCACAACAGAUACUCACAACAACCUCAACAAUACGAGACCAUCUACAUUCAAUACAACCAGGUAAAACCAAAAUCGUGGGAUAACUUAACGACAAAAUCAUUUGGGGGGUAUGGAUUUGGAUAUGGAUAUCUGGACAAUGCAUCGAAAUGUGGAAAAAGUGGCCGUCCACCGACAAAAAAUCAAGGAACACAAUAUAUUAGAAUGGAUAAACAAGGCACUUGUGUUUCAGGGCAACCUCAGUACACACCACAUUCACAUCGAAGCUCUUUUAGAUACAUACAACCAACAAAAUCUACAGAAAGCCUUCUAUCAGUGCACAAGUUUUCGCAAGAAACUCUAUCAGAAUCUACUGCCUCCUGUGAACGCUUAGAAGAUUCUUCUCCAGGGAUUGAAACAUCUGAAAGUCGUUUUUUCCAAAGUCCCCGGCAAAGCGUACUCAGUCCAACUGAUCCUAAUUUUGGCUAUUAUAGUGCGAGGACAUCUAGGGGUGAAUACGUGAAAAAUGUCGUGUCGACAAGUUCAGAAGCUACGCGGUUGUAACACUUAUACACCUUUUUUUUAUUUUCCCGCUAUGCAUCUUCAUCGUACGACUGCUUAUAGUUCAAUAUUUCUGCGAUACUUGUAACUAUAGAAUGUUCAGUUUUGAAACAAAAUAUUAAAUGUUUAAAAUAAUAAAAUUUAUAAUAAAUAGUGUAUAGGGCACAUAAAUAAUUUACUCGGUCAUUUCGAAAAAAAAAAAAAAAAGCUGCUAUUCUCAUGGAGAGAAAGAACAUAUAAAAUUUAAUAAAUAUGUGGCCAAGUGCAAAGUAUCAGUACAGUAUAUUUCUUUUCCUUUAAUAAAAAAAAACUAACGGAGGCAAUCUGGAUAAUAAUAUUCUAUUCUAUACCUUACAGCUCGUGAGCCAGCCUAUAAAUUAAAGGCAUUUCUUUCAUACUUGCUUACAGUAUUUUGGUAAGAGUUCUGUGAUUGUGAUUACUGUGGUGACGUCACACAUACCGUGGUUGCCCUAUUAUUAAAUAACUA